AUUUCUUUUGCCCUAACUACUCUUUCUCAUUUUUGAAACUGAAUCUGGAGUUGAAGGCCAAGAGAAAAUGGCCCAUUACCAUAACAACAAUAAGAAUGAUGAAGUGGAGUUUGUUCGAACUGGCUAUGGAAAGGAUAUGGUAAAAGUUCUCCAUAUUCAGCGAGAUGGAAAAUAUCACAGCAUUAAAGAGGUGGCAACUUCGGUGCAACUCACUCUGAGCUCCCAAAAAGAUUAUCUACAUGGAGAUAAUUCAGACAUCAUCCCUACAGACACCAUCAAAAACACAGUUCAUGUCUUGGCAAAGUUCAAAGGAAUCAAAAGCAUAGAAACUUUUGCUAUGAAUAUCUGUGAACAUUUCCUUUCUUCUUUUAACCACGUUAUAAGAGCUCAAGUCUACAUGGAAGAAGUCCCUUGGAAGCGUUUUGAAAAGAACGGAGCUAAGCACGUCCAUGCGUUCAUUCACACUCCCACUGGAACGCACUUCUGCGAGGUUGAGCAGAUGAGGAAUGGACCUCCAGUCAUUCAUUCCGGAAUCAAAGACCUCAAGGUCUUAAAAACGACCCAGUCUGGAUUUGAAGGAUUCAUUAAGGACCAGUUCACCACACUCGCUGAGGUGAAGGACCGGUGCUUUGCCACCCAGGUGUACUGCAGGUGGCGCUACCUCCGAUGCAGAGAUGUGGACUUUGAGGCUACCUGGGACACUAUUUGGGACAUUGUCCUAGAGAAAUUUGCUGGACCCUGUGACAAAGGCGAGUACUCUCCCUCUGUCCAGAAGACCCUCUUUGACAUCCAGGUACUCUCCCUGAGCCAGGUUCCCGAGAUAGAAGAUAUGGAGAUCAGCCUGCCGAAUAUCCAUUACUUUAACAUAGACAUGUCUAAAAUGGGCCUGAUCAACAAGGACGAGGUCUUGCUCCCGUCAGACAACCCCUAUGGCAGAAUUACUGGCAAGGUGAGGAGGAAGCUGGCUUCCAGGCUGUGACAUUGGAGCCCAGUUGGAGUCCACUCUCGGCUGAAGAAUUCCUUAAGCCACUUGUCAUAUUGGAUAUCAUAGCAUGUAACCAUGCAAAUUUUCAACCCAGUAUGUUGAUUCAUGGUGUGCACUUUCCUCUUGUAUAAAAGGAUUCUUCUACGCCUGGCUCAGCAGGCUGUUUUAUGAUUAGUAACCAUAACAGCCUUUGUGGAUACAGUUUCACAAAUGCAGAGCAGUAUUAGAAUAAGCAUAUAUUAGUAUUGCUUUUUAGCUUAUCACAGAGAAGCUUUGGAAUCAGCUCACUAAGAAAAUAAUCAUGAAUUAAUGGAAGUGUCAUAUCAGCUACUUGGUGUACAAGUUUAAGAAGCAAGCAUUGUUUUCAUGCUGCUGAUGCUAGAACUUUGCUUCUGGGAAAUGCAGAAAACAUGAUUAACAAAGUCACAUUUUGAAAUAUAUCACCGUUGUGGCUUCAGUUAGACGGCAUAUUUGAAUUUGUAAGAAUGCUUUAGUUUAUUCCUACUCUAAAAGUACUUUUGUAAUCUUACUAUAUUGGUUUUAUGACUUUUACAAUCCUUAGAGAAUAUUUAGUCACAUUGGGGCCCUGAAAAAAGUAUAAGUUUUUCCUUUAAAUAAUGCAUCACUUUCUCACAAAGAGCACAUUUAAUAAAAGCUAAGUCAAUACACUGAUGGAUAAAUAUACACACAGAAAGAAGACUAGAAACUCUGUGUAUGGCAAUAUUAGCGGUGAUGAUUUCUGGAUGGUGCGAUUCUGGGUGAUUAUUGUUUUUGGCCAUGUGCUCUUCUGAGUCUUUCAAAUAUGAACAUUUAUCAUCUGUAUAAUCAGAUAAGUAAAUAUAAUUGAUGAUUCAAAGAUGCAUACAAAUUGGAGUGGUAUUUAUAUCGAUUGGCAAACUCUACUAUUGUAUAUAUAUGUGUGUGUCAUAACGCUUCAUAAACUAUAACUUUAGAAACCCAUUAUGAAAACCUGUCCACAUGACCAUUCUAAAUAACCCUCCUCCAUUAAAAAUUCUAUUUAUUAAAAUCUUCAACUAAUCUCCAUUUUAAUAAAUACUUGCAUGAGAGCACUUAGUAUAAUUUGAUAAUUCUGCUUCAUUCACUUUCAUAACAUUACUACUUAAGGUAGUUGUAUAGUGUUUAAUUUCACACUCAUUUAAGUUCUGGUUCUGCCUCAUACUAGCGGAGAAGUUUCCUUAUGUAUAAAAUGGAGGUGCAAACAGAACCUACCUCAUAGGUUUUUUAGGAUAGGUGGGUUAAUGUUUGUAAAGUGUUUUGAUGGUAUUUAUGUCCAGCACAUAGAAAUUGCUGUAUGCAUUUGUUAAAAGAAAUAUGCUGCCUUCUUUUCAUCUGUUAU